AUGUCACUGCUGACCCGCAUAUAUCUCGUCAUUGCGCUGACCCUUGCAGCAAUCCUUCCGGCCGCAGCCCAGACUGCGGACAAGGACGAGCGCGUGCCGACUCCGACCUCCUUCAUGGAAGCUUGCGCCGAGAAGAUCGAGGCGCGCGGACGCCUGCGCUUUUGCGAUACAUACUUUCGCGACAAGCUCGGGACGGAGGCCGACGCCCUGCUCUAUCUGCGUGACCGGAUCACCACGCUGCGUGCCAAUCAUGAGGCAAGCUCCGCCGAAAAGUACCAGAGCUUCCUGCAGGCCAUCUACAUCGUGGCGUUCCUGACAAUUGCUUCGAUCGUGCUGAUCGCCAGCGACAAGCGCAUCAGCGGCACUGCCAAAUGGGCGGGCCUGACAAGUACGGCCGCCUUGCUGGUCAUGGUCAUCAUCGUUGCGAUGGGCUGGCUCGGAAAAUACCGGGCGGAAUAUGCCGCCCAGGUAGAGCUUGGCAUCCUGCGCGACCGCAUCGAGGCGGAAGCCGCCCAGGCGAUUGCGACAAACCAGCAGAUCACGCCGGACAUGGUGGGCCAGUGGACCGGUGAAUUUGGUGCGAUCGGACGCCGUUUCGCCGAGAACUACGGCGAUGCGACUGUUCUGCCAGAAGUUGGCCGCUUCGGUAACUGA